AUGGAUCCGAUUUGCCGCGUGCUUGAUGCAAACCCCGUGGGACAUGGGGACCGCAGCCGAGCGUUCUCUCACGGGCGGCAUGCAGGCAGCGCGCGGCGGCCAUUUCGACCAGGGGAGGGGAGAGAUGUUGAAGCGUCCUUCAUAUCCAUAUCAGGGGAAAGCUGGGCAAGACCGGGGAGACACUCUAAUUCAGGGGUAACGGAGUUGCUUGUGUACGAUAAAAGCGUUCUAUUACGGGUGCCCAUGGCGGCCAUGAGCUCGGCGAGUCGAGGUGGCCGUUGA